AUGUCGGCCCCGUUGGUCAAGGUGCUGCACCGAUUGCAAGAGCUAUUCCAUAACGUGGUCUCAGUGCUCGAAAGCAUGCUGCUCUUCCCCUCCCUCUUCCGCGGCCUGUCCCACCGACGCCGGAGACCCUUCCUCGGUGCCCAUUGGCGACGCCGCAGCCUCGAUGAUUUCGCCGAAGAGGUCGAAUCCCUCUGCUCCACACCGCUAUCAACGCGCAGUAUGCUCGACAUGUCGGAGAAGAUCCGCGCACAGUUCCGCGAGUGCCUACAAACGAGUCCGUGUUGCAUGCUGCCAUCGUAUAACCACGCGCUUCCCGCUGGGUCAGAGAAGGGUCUCUUUGUGGCGUUGGAUGUGGGCGGAUCGACAUUCCGCGUAGCUUUGAUCGAAUUGAACGGCCGGGAUGAGGAAGUGCGGAUUCUGAAAGAGUCAUCCGCGUACAUUGAUAAUGGGGUUAAGAUGCUGGAAGGUACUCUAUUUUUCGAUUGGAUGGCAGAAAGAAUUGAUUCUACGCUGAAGGAUCUGGGUUCGGAGUACGGUCAUGGCGCCGUGCCGCUGGCGAUGGGUCUGUCCUGGUCAUUCCCUAUUGAGCAGAUGUCCCACAGCAGCGGAUUGGUGAUUCACAUGGGCAAGGGCUUCAAGUGCUCCGAAGGCACACUAGGGCAGGAACUAGGUGGUCUCAUCAACGAGUCUUGCCGCAAGCGCAACCUGAACGUAGAGAUCGCUGCUAUUGUGAAUGAUGGCUCUGCGGCUCUUCUUUCUCGUGCCUAUGUCGAUUCGAAGACUCGCAUGUCUCUGAUUUUGGGUACCGGUACCAACGUUGCGAUUCACUUCCCCGUACACGAGGUCGGUAUGUCGAAAUUCGGAACUCGUCCGGAGGGCUGGUUCGACUACGCCAAGCACGUCAUUAUCAACACCGAGAUGAGCAUGUUUGGCGGAGGCGUGUUGCCUUUGACCCGAUGGGACGACGUGCUGAACCGCACCCACUUGCGUCCCGACUACCAGCCGCUUGAAUACAUGAUCACAGGCCGGUACCUGGGCGAGAUUGUUCGCCUGAUCAUCGUCGAGGCUGUCGAGACUGCUCGUCUGUUCAACGGCGAGCUACCACACUCCAUGCGCGAACCCUACUCCUUCGAUACCAGCAUUGUCGCCUUCCUCGAAGACGACUCCUCCGCUACCCUCUCCGCCUCCGCCGCUCUCCUGCAAAAGCAGCACACCUUCCCCACCCUCCCCUCCGUCGAGGACCUCCGCUUCCUCCGCCGCGUCUGCAAGGCCGUCUCCCGCCGCGCAGCCGGCUAUCUUGCAACUGCCAUCCACAGCAUGUGGUGUCUACGCAACGAGGCCGAAUUCCCAGUCUCCACCUCUAUCCACGACUCCCUCGACAAGGAAACACCCGAAAUCACUGUAAUCGAAAGCGAAGACAACCCCAAGAGCCUAUCAAUCGCCUGCGAUGGCACCGUCAUCAACAAAUACCCCGGCUUCCGCGAUACCUGCCAGGACUACCUGAACCAGCUAAGCGAAGAAUCUCACCCGGGUACCGGCGCCUCAAUCCGCCUCAACCCUGCGCCAGAGAGUGCCAUUCUCGGCGCUGCAGUUGCAGUAGCCGUGGCCGUGGCUGAGAAGUCCGCUCAGCGCUAA